AUUCACUUCCAUUCAUUCUCUUAUCUUGUAAACUGGAAUAUUUUUAUUGUUCUUCUUCCUAUUGAGCUCUUUAUCAUUGUGUCAGAAUAUUUAGUCAGUUGCUCUCUGUCUACAGAAGAUUAAACAACUUUCUGAAUAUUUUUCUUCCAGUUUAAGGAAUUUAUUUAUGUAAAAAUGCCGAUUGAUAUUCAAAGUGUCUUAGUUUGUGACGCUGUUGACGCAUCAUGCGUUGAUUUAUUAAAAACGAAUGGGAUAACUGUAGAUUAUAAACUGAAAUUACCAAAGGAAAUUUUAAUUGAAGAAGCAAUAAAUUAUGACGCAAUCAUUGUUCGAUCAGAUACAAAAAUUACUGCUGACGUGCUUACAUCGGGUGCGAGUGGAAAGUUGAAGGUUAUUGGACGUGCUGGUGUGGGCGUUGAUAACAUUGAUAUUGAAGCUGCUACAAAAAAUAAUAUUGUGGUACUUAACACUCCGGGAGGAAAUUCACUGGCUGCAGCUGAACUCACGUGUUUAUUGAUUGGAUCACUUGCACAUCAAGGACAGGCACAUAUAGGCCAAUCCUGGCCAUAUAGGAACCACCAUCAAAUGCCGAAGGCAUUUGUGGGCAAUGGUCAUAAGUGGCACAAUUAUGACGCGAUCAUUAUUCGAUCAGAUACAAAGAUUACUGCUGACGUGAUUACAUCAGGUGCGAGUGGAAAGUUGAAGGUUAUUGGACGUUGUGGUGUGGGCGUUGAUAACAUUGAUAUUGAAGCUGCUACAAAAAAUAAUAUUGUGGUACUUAACACUCCGGGAGGAAAUUCACUGGCUGCAGCUGAACUCACGUGUUUAUUGAUUGGAUCACUUGCACGUCCAAUAUGCCCAGCAGCGCAAAGCAUGAGAGAAGGUCGUUGGGAUCGUAAGUUAUAUGCAGGCACAGAGCUUUAUGGAAAAACAUUAGCAAUUCUUGGUUUGGGACGAAUUGGAAGAGAAGUCGCAAUACGAUUGAAAGUUUGGGGAAUGAAUGUUAUUGGUUACGAUCCAAUUACGACUGAUGAAGAGGCUGAAGCUGCUGGAAUCACGAAGAUGGAACUUGAUGAUAUUUGGCCACUUGCAGAUUAUAUUACUGUCCAUGUUCCUUUGAUACCAUCAACAAGAAAUUUGAUAUCAAAGACAACUCUCAACAAAUGUAAAAAGGGAGUGAAGGUUGUAAAUGUUGCUCGUGGUGGUGUUAUCGAUGAGUUUGCAAUCCUUGAAGCACUCGAAUCAGGACAAUGUGGUGGUGCAGCUUUUGAUGUUUACGAAGAAGAACCACCGAAAUCUGAAGUGACAAAAAAAUUGAUUCAACAUAAUAAAGUUAUUGCAUCACCUCAUCUUGGUGCAAGCACAGCAGAAGCUCAAAUAAAAGUUGCGGUUGAAGUUUCUGAACAAUUUAUCGCAUUGACGGGAAAGUCGACUCAGUUCGCACAAUAUGCUGGCGUUGUCAAUCGUGAUGUCUUAAAAAAAUACUUUUAAUGUUUAAUGUUUUCUUCGAAGCUUUUGAAAAGUAAUAUAAAGAUAACAUAAAAAUUGUGUUGUUAACUCCAAUAAACAUUUUAUCCAGCUUUAGUUGAAAAAAAA